UUUGUGGUGUCGGAGCGCACGAGAUGUAAAUGCCUUUGCCCGAUAAAAGCCCCUGAGUAAGCACGAGGCCCAAGGGGCGCUGUGUUGUCGUUCCUUUAAGCCGUGGCCCGUCUGACCAGCGGCAGGUAUUACAUAAAUCAUGCUGCUGAUUUUUCCAAGCCUGCUGUUAGGAUUUGCUGCAUACUGUUCACCUGGAGAGAAUGGCCUGUUGGGAAUUCCUGACUACUUCGGGAAUAUUUCAGAUAUAAUACAGACUGCAAAUCUGAGCUUGAAAAUCAAAUCAGGGUGCCCACAGGUGAGUGAGCAUCGCUCUGGCCACAAGUGGAAGGUCUGUGGCACACUCCUGUAGCUGGCCACCAUAUGGAGGAGGACUCUCGCUAAAGAUCUGGAUUAAACUACCUAGAACUGCUGUAAUUCAAAAGGAAAAUCCAGCUGCCAGAGCAGGAAGGUGUGGAGGAGCGGAGAGGCGGCCCCACCAGAGCCGCGGGGUGUGACCCCUGUGCCCGCGCUGCGCUCCGCUGCCCGAGUGACAGCUCGCAGCUCCCGCCGGCUCCUCCAGCGGCAGCUCCUCCCUUCUGGCCAGAUGGACAGCGCAGCUUGGACUUGGGCUCCGGGGGACCCGGCUCGGGGCAGAAAGCAGCCUUUUAUAGCCGGCACGCCGGGCUGCGGCUCACACCUACACACUGCGCUGCCGAGCACAGCGGCGCUGCCGGACCCGCGCCCCCGCCCGUCGCUGCCCAUGGCGCCGCUGCCCCCGCUCCUGCUGCUGCUGCUGCUGCUGCCGGCGGCCGUUUAUAAGGGCACUUUUGGGGAAGGCCAUUUGAGAAACCGCAGAGGAAUUCUGGAGCUGGCUGGAGCCAUCAGAUGCACCACAGGGCGCUCUCCCUUUGCCUACAUGCGCUACGGAUGCUACUGCGGCCUGGGAGGAAAAGGAUGGCCCAAGGACAGAGUAGACUGGUGCUGCUUUCACCACGACUGCUGCUAUGGGAGGGCAGAACAAGCAGGCUGUCAGCCAAAGACUGAAAGUUACCACUGGGAAUGCAAAGACAAUUCUGCUGUGUGUGACUCACUAGAAGAUACAUGUCAAAAAAUGGCAUGUGAAUGUGACCGUGAAGCUGCCAAAUGUUUUUCUAAAGCUCCCUACCAUAGAAAAUACCUUUUGUGGCCAGACUUUAUGUGUGGUGAGAUUCAGCCUUUGUGCAGGUAUUAGAUACAUGACUCUUGUAUAUAUUUAAAUCUAAAAUGACUUUUUUUGGCCACAGUAAUGACAAGAAAUUAUUUUUCCCCUUUCUUGAUACUCCUUCAUUCCCCCUCAGCCUCUCCACCUCAAAACAGCCAAACAUUUUUCCUGUUAUUUACUUUCUCCCAUGCAUUUAUUAUUGACUAAACAGAAGUCUGAAUUUAUCUGCUUAAGAAGUAACUGACAAUGUUAAUUUUUGUUUAUAUUCAGAUUCACAGAUUUUUCAGACUGAUCAUAUCAUUUGCUGUGAACUUUUUACCCCCUUCUCUACUGGCUAGAAGAUACAAAUCAACCUUCUCCACCAACAAAUCUUAGCAUUUGUUAACUUUGAACUGGCUGGGAAAAGUUCGUGAAGUGACAGUGGCAGCACAAAGAACCCUCUCAUCUACAUUAAACACCUACUACAAAGCCUAAUUUAAGUGCUGAAUUUCAUUCACCUGGAGUAAUGCUACCUGCAUUGACGAAUCACAUAAUCAGGUUUUUUCUAGCAUUCACUUUUUAAGUAGAGUUUUCUAAACAGCUGUUUAUUUGAUAAGGCUCAAACUCCUUACUCUAUGUACACCCUGAAUUCCCUGCAAGCACAGGGAGGAAUUCUACUCUUAGAACUUCAAUCACACUUAAAAAUGCAAAUGCAAACCAUCACCAAAACAAAACAUGAAAAAAAUGUAGAAGGUGUUGGGACCAACUGGCUUUCCCACAAGUGCAUGAUCCUGCACAGCAACAGUUUAUGAAGCUCAGAAGUGUAUACACCUCAUCAGGUUGUAAAGGUAGGGUCAUUUCACAGAUAUUUGGGAAGAGAAAUCAAUACCCUGCACUGAUGAAUAAUACACUUUUUUGUAUCUGCUGAUUUUAACACUUAUAGACCCAGAAGUGUUUUAUGUCUGCGUUCACCCAUCUCAACUUAUUCAGAGGUGCAGGGCUAAAGAACAGGUUUGCACAAGUCAAAGCUAAUGACAUGUACUUCAAUAUUAAAAAAAAAAAAUCAAAACCCAAACAAUAUCAAAAAAUAUCAAACCCCAAAUUCUCUGUAGGAAUAGUGAAGAUUUCAAGAGAGAUCUUUAAUUGUGAAAAAUAUUCAGAGGCAAAUUUAGAUCACAUUACUGACACAAAUGAAAUAAACAAAACAACAAACCAAUGCAGACUGCAAGGGGACAAAGUUCUUGAAAAAAAUCUUUUGAUUACCUUUUGAUUCAGUCAAAGGAACAUACAUUAACAAAUGUCAAUCCUGCUUACACAAAUAACUUUCCAGUCAAUAUUUGCUGACAUAGAUACACACAUUAUAUUGCCAUAAGUAAUUACAGUGUCAGGUCACAUUUCCAAAAUAAUCCUUUUUAAGAGAUAUUUAAGAAUUUAAGAAUUAGCAACAGAAUUCAAGAAGAGAGAAUGAAAGGAGUUAUUGAUGAAGUCUAACUGAGCUGAAUAAAAAAUUUCCAUGGUAAUUAUCACAUUUUCCAAGACACAAGAAAAUUCAAGUAGUCUUUGCCUUCAGCUGCAGGAAUUUUGGAGCAAACUCUACUGUGAGAUUGUGUAUAGGGCAGUCACAAUGCUACAUGUAAAAGAAGACUGAAAUAAAUGAAGUUCUUUCAACAUCAAGCCUAUCCAGGAAAGGCAUUCCUUUGGCAAACUGAAGUUGAGGAACACAUUGCUGGUAUGAAAUGUUAAGUUUAAAAAGAAAAAGAAAGAAAUCACUGUAGCAGUGCAGAAGACACUCACUUUAAGGCAGGCUUGAAAAAAAACCA